AUGGGAGUUACCGAGUGGUGCGUUCUAGCUGUCCUAUGCAGCGUGCUGCAGCAAGGCUUAGCAAUAACCUGUUACCAAUGCAACAGUCACAAUGACUCUCGUUGCUUAAUGGACAAACUGCCUGACUCCCUAAGGCUACCCUGCGGUCCCAAGGACACGAUGUGCAGAAAGAUAUCCCAGGUGGUGGAGUUCGAGAUGAACGGCAUGCCACCAGACAGCCGUGUCAUUAGAGGUUGCGGCUGGGAUGACAGUAGUUAUAAGGGUCGUUGCUAUCAGCGAUCUGGCUUCGGUGGCAGACAGGAGGUGUGUUCGUGUCUUGAAGACGGCUGUAAUUCGGCCUCCGUGCCCGUAGGAGCCACGGCACUGAUGCUUCUAACCCUCGCACUGUUACGGUUUUAG